AGAUGACUAACGGCUAACAGCAACGAGUAACAGGGAACGUGGCAUUGUCUGGGGCUGGGGACCCCACUUCUGCUGUCGGAGUGAUGUCGGCAAGAAGGACCACCUCCACCAGCCUGAAGAGAAGGGUAGCAUCGCUCAGCUCCCGAGAAGCAAAGGCAAGGAACCUGCUAGUGGAGAAGAUGGUGACCAUGCUUGUUGCAGGGUUUCCGUCUAAGGGACACAGGCAAAGAGCUUUUGCUGCCCCGGUGCUGGAGCUGCUGGCUUAGCCCUCGGGGGGAAUGGCAAGACAAAUGGGGCUGAACACCACACGUGGCCUACAGCAACUCUCCAUCUCAGAGCAGUCCACCUUCCAGGAGGUGGUGGGCCUUCUCUGCAUGGUCCUGCUCACUGUCACUGCCCUAGUGGCCAAUACGGUGGUGAUGAUCGUCAUUCUCAAAACUCCCCUUCUGAGGAAGUUCAUCUUUGUCUGCCAUCUCUGCCUGGUUGACCUUCUCUCUGCCAUCUUCCUCAUGCCCCUGGGGAUCAUCUCAAGCUCCUCCUGCUUCAACAGGGUGAUCUACAGCAUUGCUGAGUGCCAGACCUUGAUAUUCCUGAAUGUCUGCUUCAUCAGUGCCUCCAUUCUCACCAUCUCCAUCAUCAGUGUGGAGCGGUACUACUAUAUCGUCCACCCCAUGAGGUAUGAGGUCAAGAUGACCAUUGGGCUGGCUGUGGCUGGGGUGAUCUUCAUUUGGGUCAAGUCUGCCCUCAUGACUGUCUUGGCACUGGUGGGCUGGCCACAAGGCAAUGGGGCCACCAGUGCCAGCCGGUGCACAGUCUACUGGAGCCCAGGAGCCCACAAGAAGGUCUUUGUGGUCAUCUUCAGCAUUGUCUGCUUCAUCUUGCCCACCAUCAUCAUCUUCGCUGUCUACUGCAGUAUCUACCGUGUGGCCCGGAUGGCAUCCCUGCAGCAGGUGCCCAUGCCAGCACGGGCAGCUGCACCCAGGCACCGAUCCGACUCCAUCGCCAGCCAAGUGACCAUCAUCACCACCAGGAACCUGCCACUGCCCAGGCUGACUCCAGAGCGCUUUUUGGGAGGCAACAAGGCCAUCCUCACCUUGCUGCUCAUUGUGGGACAGUUCUUGUGCUGCUGGCUGCCCUUCUUUGCUUUCCACUUGCACUCCUCUGUCACUGCUGACACGGUGGGCAGGGGGCAUGGGGAGAUGGUGGUCACCUGGCUCGCCUACUCGUCCUUUGCCAUCAACCCCUUCUUCUAUGGGCUGCUCAACCGCCAGAUCCGUGAGGAGCUGGCCAGGCUCGGGCGCAGCUGUCUCAACCGGCCGCUGGGCCAGGAGCUGUGUCUCUCUGUCUCCGAGGCCUCCAUCCAGGAAAACUUCCUGCAGUUCCUCCAGAGAGCAACCUGCACGCUGGAGACCCACUCUAGCUGCAUCAGCGCCAGCCCCAGGAACAGGCUGGACCAGACCAGGACGGGCUUCCCCAUCCCGGGUCAAGUCCCCGAAGACAGCAGCUGAGGAGGAGGGAGCCCUGUCCCACCAUGCAGGGCAGGAAGGCGGGCAGGGACUCUGGAAGGGACUAACUUCAUCUGCUUGGGCCUGGCCUCUUGGAUUUGGAGGGAUCCUUGUCCAGGUUUUGCCUCCUCUCUGAGCUUAUAUGUCAGAGGAAGGUGACUGCCAGUUUUCUUCACGUGGGAGAAGGCAGCA